AUGAAAAACAGGCUUUCAAAAUGCGAAGUUUGCAAGACACAACAAGCCAAAUAUAAAUGCCCCGUCUGUAAAAUUUUGUAUUGUUCUAUAGACUGCUUCAAGAACGUUGCUGUACACAAUCAUGAGAAUUUACUAGAUGAGAAAGAAAAAAAAACGGAGCCUGAUCGUAACGCCCCUCAAACAAAUUCAGAUGAUUCGGCCGCCCAGCAAGAUGGGUCAAAAUUUCUGCGUAUAAUUCUGGACUCUGAACUUCGUCGCAUGUUACAAUAUGACUCGUUACAGUUUCAUUUACUAACCCUUAUGAAAAUAAUCAACGAUAUUAGCGUAACUAAUGAGCCUAGUUCUGAAAAUAGGAAAGAGAUUGCCAACAUGAAAUUAUGUGACUUGCGAUCCGGUGGGCUGGAGGCCAACCAGCUAGUAGAAGAAUUUGUUCAAAGAUUUCUUUACUUAUAUGACAGUGACGAUAAAAUUACAAUAUGA